UUAUUCUUUUUCGGUCUCCCUUUUCCUCGAGCUCUGCAUAAGCAGAAACGGAAGCCAAACACACACAAAUAAUGCUGGCGUGUUUCACGGACUAUCUUAGCUUAUGCAGAUCUACUGCUGCAAUUGGGUGCUUUUUCCUGUUGCACUUCUCUUUCUGCAGCACCAUUUCCGCUGCUUGUUUGAACGGAAACUGCCAGGUUCUUGACUCAUGUUCCCAGUCUACAGAUUGUGGUCCAGGUCUUUAUUGUGGGAACUGCCCAGCUUUGGGCAAGAGUCAACCUUUUUGUACCAGAGGCCAAGCUAUCAUACCCACUUCUGUUAUUGGUGGAUUGCCUUUCAACAAAUAUUCAUGGUUGAUGACUCACAAUUCAUUCAGCAUAGUGGAUGCACCAUCUCUGCAAGGUGUUCAAAGACUGACAUUUUAUAAUCAAGAAGACACUGUUAGUAAUCAGUUGAUGAAUGGAGUGAGGGGACUGAUGUUGGACAUGUACGAUUUUAACGGCGAUAUUUGGCUCUGCCAUUCAUUCAGGGGACAAUGCUUCAACUUCACUGCCUUUCAACCUGCAAUUAACACCUUAAGGGAAGUGGAGACAUUCUUGAGUCAGAAUCCAUCAGAGAUUGUAACCAUUAUAAUCGAGGACUAUGUGCAUACACCAAAAGGACUGAGUAACCUUUUCACGAGUGCCGGUCUGGACAAGUAUUGGUUUCCGGUGUCGAAGAUGCCAAAAAAGGGUGAAGAUUGGCCUACUGUGAAUGAAAUGGUGCAAGCAAAUCACAGGCUUCUGGUUUUCACCUCAGUUGCUUCUAAGGAAGCGGAGGAAGGAAUUGCUUACCAGUGGAAGUACAUAUUAGAAAAUGAAGCUGGAGAUCCCGGGGUAAAGUCAGGCUCAUGCCCAAAUAGAAAAGAAUCACGGCCGCUUAAUUCGAAAAGUGCCUCUCUUUUCCUCAUGAAUUACUUUCCGACUUACCCGGUUGAGAAUGAAGCUUGCAAAGAACAUUCAGCGCCCCUUGCUGACAUGAUUGGAACCUGCUUCAAAGCAGCAGGGAGUAUGCUGCCAAACUUCAUAGCAGUCAACUUUUACAUGAGGAGUGAUGGAGGUGGUGUUUUCUAUGAUUUGGAUAGUGUGAAUGGCCAAAGGUUAUGUGGAUGUAAUACUAUUGCAGCCUGUCAGGCUGGAGCACCAUUUGGAUCUUGCAAGAACAUAUCUAUGCCUUCUUCAAGUCCAAUGACCAGCGCUGCAGGAAGCUUUUCCGGAUCUGUUCAGUUCUCAAAAUCUGCUUCAGCAGUCAGAUAUCCUAAUCACUUUGUCAUCGGCUUACUUUCCAUGCCAUGUAUGUUGUUUUUGUUGCGACUAUAAUAGAUAACUCUCAGGAUAGCUUUUAUAGUUUUACGAGGACUUAUAUAUAAUGUCAGAUUUUUCGAGUCAAGGCUUAGUAUACAGCACCCUGCCUUAUUAGGUGGAAGGUCAAGGAAUGCUUGUUAGAGUCAUUACAAUUUGAUUAUAAAUCAAAGACCUCUUGUGAUUCGAGGCAAAAUCAAAUGGUUGUAUGAGAACCUGAGCUAGGAAGUGACCAAAGAGAGACUUGCAAUGUAAUGAAAUAGUAGUUAAAAUAUGUAAUUUGCUACAC